AUGGAAUCAAUCUGUACUGUAGUCGUCUUCACGCUGUGUCUCACCGGCCGGUGUGUGAGUCAGGGUUUGAGUUCGACGCCAGCAACGACCACAACGACACCAGAAAUGUCAACAACAAACGCAACAACGACAACAACAACAACGGUUCAGAAUCACACGGGAGUGACAAUCAAAGCGAGUACAUUUGCUCCUGGGGUGACAUCCAGCAGUGGGGUGAGUGUUGCAGAUACAGCUAGUACCGCUCCAGGGACAAAUGUAACGUCAGCGCCACCCUUGUGGACAAAGUGCACAUCUGGGGUCAGUAUGGAAGAUGUCGGAAAUGACAACAUCGCCAAAGUUCUCCAUGGCUGGUGCGAAAACUAUGAGACGAUAAUUAGUUGCCUGUCCAAUGACAUCACAGCACGUAAGCCAGACAAUCCAUUGGACUUCUUCAUCAACCUGACCUUCAGUAACCACACACUACGCGCCAAAAGUGCCACCGUCUGCUCAAAGUUCAAAGAGAAGAAAAAUAAAUUGUCGUGUGCAGACGCAGCCAAUCAGACGAUGGCGGGAUCGUGUGCUGCAGACUUCUCCGCGGGGAUGAUGCAUAUAUUCUCUUUGAGCCGAGACAAAGCCCUGCCUGAGAGUGUCCUACGUGAAGUGGCCUGCGAUGUCACCCUGCAGACUACCUUCUGUCUCAAGGACACGCUCUCGGAGUGUGAUGAGGAUGUCCAGAUGGUACUCCUCGGCUACUACUCAUUGUUUACCAACGACACGUGCGUUGCUAAGGAAAGGCCUGCGAAACUGGAAACCGUAGUAUCCAAGUGUGCCAGAGAGGCUGCCCAAACGUUAUCACGUGACCAGUCAGAGCCAGAACCUACCUCCUUGCUGGAUUUUCUGAUUCUGGGCCUGAAAACGGAUUGCAAAACUUAUUCCUCCCGGUAUGACUGCUACAGGCGAGAGCUAACCAACAUCACUAACUUCCGCGACUUUUGGCUAUCUUUGACCUUCGAUCAUACCAACGCAGUGUCCUCUCAGAAAGCCUACUGUGACCAGAUUGAACAACACGUCAUUCCUCGGAUCACAAGCGAAUGUUUCAACAAAUCCCAACCUGGCCUGGCUGCCUGCGAGGUCGGCUUCGGCCGGGAAGUGGAAGCCAUUAGAGAGGAGUGGUUCAAGAAUCCAGACUUUGAUGGGCUUCAACUGCAGACUUUGGCGUGCAGGACGUCGGUGACCAGAGCUGCCUGUUUGGACAACGCCAUGCAGCCGUGUGGAUUACAAGUCUCUAGAGCUAUGGCAAUUAGCGAAAUUGGGAUUUUACCAGACAUUUGCCGGCGUCUCCUGGCAGUGAAGACGCCCGUCAGUCCGAGUAUCCCUGCAGAUGUCAGAAACAUCACGGAUAGUGGAGAGUUUAAUUUCUCAAGCCCCGCGAGUUUCCAAAACAACAAAACUCGAUCCCCAGCCGUAUUCCCUGGCAGAAACGAAUGGCUGGUGUCUGAUCAAGCAGAAUUUGAAAGAAGUCCUGAAAACGUUACAACAACCAAUUUAACUAAGAUGAUUGUGGAUAAAGAAGCCAAACCAACUGAAGAUACCACUUCACGAUCUACAAACAUUACUGAGACAAAGAAAAAUUUUGUAAGAAGGAAGAAACUUGGGAACAAUGCAACGACUUCGCAGAGACAAUCAAACAGUGGUGGACACGUUCAGACAGCCACUGUGAUUGUGGGAAUAAUCGUGGGAAUAAUUGUGUCAUGUAAUUCAUGUGUGUAA